AUGCAAGUGCCGGUUCUCGGCUGCACUUUCCUCACGCUGUCAGAUCGUGAGGAAAGUACUGCCGAGAACCGGCAGUUGUCAGAGCGGGGAUCGGCACCGAUCAUCAGAGCACUGAUGAUCAGUGGCCUGAUGAUCGUUGCCCAGCAGUGCCACCCGCAAGUUCCGCCCACCUGUGCCCAGCAAUCACCCACCUGUGCCCAGCAGUGCACCCACCUGUGCCCAGCAGUGCACCCACCUGUGCCACUCUGCAAUGUCACACACCUGUGCCCAGAAGUGCCACCUACCUGUGCCCAGCAGUGCCACCCAACUGUGCCCACCCACCUGUGCCCACCAGUG